CCUCAAGACGCACCUCUUUGGAAGGUUGGCGGGAGUUUCUUGAACCUCGGUGGUCAUGGAGAUCAGUCCUCCGUGGAAAUAUUCCUUCAACCAUCUUUAUAACCCACGCUGUGCUUCACGAAUGAGGAAUGGUUCCUCCAGCACUUACGUCACCCUGGUGGACACCACUAUCGAGUAGACCCAUCUGCAGAUGAAGAAACUAAAUCUUAAAUAGCUGUCUUACAUGGCAGCAGUUUCUAGAAACAAUCUUUAAACGUUGAGUCAAUGAUCUCUUAGUCUUGUGGCCUCCAAAUAUUUCACAUCUUAUGCACUCAGUAGAAAAAAACUGACUACACUCCCAUAUCCUGCGUUUGUUAAUAAAUGAAAUAGUUCUUAUCAAUAACGAAUAUGUCAAAGCACAAUAUACAUAGGGGGCAAGGUUCAUUGUUCAGCACAAUAAAUGUAAGCCCCUCGUUAAUCUUUUCAUUACGCGUCACCUGAGAGCCUUCUGGAUACCGGACACUGUUCUAAUCACUGAUGACACGUGAGUGAAGCAGAAAAAAACUCCCACUCUCAUGGAACAUAGAGUCUAGCAGAAGUCAGACCAUAAUUAAAAUAAGUAAGUAAAAUGUAGAGCAGCGUGGCAUGCUAGUAAGCGCUUCGGAGGAAAAUAAAAUGGGAAGGAACAUUGAGGUGGGUGUGAGGGACGGGUUGCGCUUUUACACAGCCCCAGAGAAGGAGAGCAAGAAUCUGAAGAUUAGGGAAUUGAGUCUUUGACUCUUUGUAACCAAGUGGUAUCAAGGUGUCCAUUUCAGUUUCCUUUAUUUAGUAAUUAAUAUAAAGAGAAUUCUAAUAUUUCCUUCUUGUGCCCUAAGUGAUGGUCUUGUUCACCUCUCUAGGAAGACCACUAAUUUAUUCUACAUUUUCAUGAGAAUGAAACAGACUGGCUUAAACUUAUUUAAACAGAAUUCUGGGACCGCGGAUGUAUUGUUACAGUUUACCUUUGGGAUCUAGCCAAACUGAUAAAGUUUGAUGUCUGUUUUGGUGGCAGACAUAGAACCUUUAGCUUUGUGAUUUCAUCUUGAUUUGAUUCCGUGGCGGACUUGACAUCAUCUGGUUUGUUUUGCUAUGAGCAAUUCUUUUAGGCGUCCAAAGUCAUUGUGUGUGUUUGUCUUGCUUUAAAUCAGGCGAUUAGGGGGAGCACACACCCCGAAGCCUGUCUGAACCGCUGGUAGUUAGUGACUUACAGGAAGCAGUAACUGGUCGGUUUUCCUUUCUGGUUAUGUGAGUGUAGCAUGAGCAUUUCCCUUUUUACCAGAGAAGAAAGAAUCGUUAGGCCUGGCGAAGCUGCAGAAGGAAGAGGUUGGACAGAACUGAUAUUUUCAAAUACUUUGCGAAUCGAGUGACAGCAGCACCAUGAGCUUCCGAGGAAAGGUUUUCAGACGGGAGCCCAGUGAGUUUUGGAAGAAGAGACGCACAGUGAGAAGAGUAAAUCGAGAAGAAAUCCACAGACUUGGUUCUCAAGAAAAACCCAGGCUUCUCGAGCCUUUGGAUUAUGAAACUGUCAUUGAAGAACUUGAAAAGACACAUCAGAAUGAUCCCCUUCGAGACCUCCUCUUCUUCCCCAGUGACGACUUCUCAACCGCCACAGUUGCUUGGGAUAUCCGGACGUUGUACUCAACAGUACCUGAAGAUGCAGAGCACAAAGCAGAAAGUUUACUGGUGAAGGAGGCUUGUAAAUUUUAUAGUUCCCAGUGGUACGUGGUAAACUACAAAUAUGAACAAUAUUCUGGAGACAUCCGACAGUUACCUCGAGCAGAAUACAAACCAGAGAAACUUCCUUCACAUUCCUUUGAGGUUGACCAUGAAGACGCUGAUAAGGAUGAAGAUACCACCUCCCACUCGUCUUCCAAGGGCGGCGGGGGAGCGGGAGGCACUGGAGUUUUCAAGUCCGGCUGGCUCUACAAGGGGAAUUUCAACAGCACCGUGAACAAUACCAUUACUGUGCGGUCAUUCAAAAAGCGCUACUUUCAGCUGACUCAGCUGCCCGAUAGCUCCUACAUCAUGAAUUUUUACAAAGAUGAGAAAAUAUCCAAAGAACCCAAAGGCUGCAUCUUUUUGGAUUCCUGUACAGGUGUGCUGCAGAAUAACAGACUAAGAAAAUAUGCCUUUGAAUUGAAAAUGAAUGACCUGACCUACUUUGUGCUGGCUGCCGAAACGGAGUCCGACAUGGAUGAGUGGAUCCACACCCUCAACCGCAUCCUGCAGAUCAGCCCUGAGGGACCCCUUCAGGGCCGGCGGAGCACGGAGCUCACUGAUCUGGGGCUGGAUUCGCUGGAUACUUCCGUCACAGGCGAAUGCACGCCAGAGGAAACGGAUUCUUCAGAGAACAGCCUCCAUCCGGACUUCGCAAAAUACCUCACAGAAACCGAAGAGACCGUCAGAGCCACUCGAAACUCGGAGAGGCUAAAUCUGUUCUCGAUGGAUCCGGACAUAGAUACCUUGAAACUUCAGAAAAAGGGUCUUUUGGAUCCCGAGUCUGUCAUCAAACCCUUUGAAGAAAAAGCUGCCAAGAGAAUCAUGGUCGUUUGUAAAGCUCUCCACUUCAGUCUCCAGGGAUGUGUGACGGAGAAUGAAAACGACCCGAUCACCAAUAUUGAGCCCUUUUUCGUGAGCGUGGCACUUUACGACCUCAGAGACAGCAGGAAGAUUUCUGCUGAUUUUCACGUGGACCUGAACCACACAGCUGUCAGGCAGAUGCUGCCAGGGGCUCCCGUGGCGCUGGAAAACGGAAACAUCGACACGCUCACUCCACGACUACCAGAAGAACCUUACGUCAAGGGAUUUCCGGAGGAAUGGUUGAAAUUUCCAAAGCAGGCUAUAUUCUCCGUGAGCAACCCACAUUCUGACAUUGUUUUGGUGGCCAAAAUCGAGAAAGUAUUAAUGGGAAAUAUUGCAAGUGGGGCUGAACCUUACAUUAAGAACCCAGACUCCAACAAGUCUGCACAAAAGAUACUCAAAUCCAACAGGCAGUUCUGCAGCAAGCUGGGGAAAUACCGCAUGCCAUUUGCGUGGGCUGUGAGAUCAGUAUUUAAGGACAACCAGGGAAAUGUGGACAGAGACUCAAGAUUCUCACCGUUGUACAGACAAGAAAGUAGCAAGAUUUCAACCGAAGACCUACUGAAACUAGUGUCAGAUUAUAGAAGGGCUGACCGAACAAGCAAACUGCAGACCAUCCCCGGGAGCCUGGAGGUCGCUGUGGACAACAUCCCUCUGGAGCAACCAAACUGUGUAACAUCGUCCUUUAUCCCUGUCAAGCCUUUUGAUGUGACGGCUGAACCAGAACCCACGGUGGAGGUGGAAGAAUUCAUUUACGACUCAACUAAGUACUGUCGUCCUUACAGAGUAUACAAAAAUCAGAUUUACAUUUAUCCCAAGCACCUCAAAUAUGACAGCCAGAAAUGUUUUAACAAGGCACGAAAUAUAACCGUGUGCAUUGAAUUCAAAAACUCCGAUGAGGAUGGUGCCAAGCCCGUGAAGUGCAUUUAUGGAAAACCCGGAGGGCCCCUCUUCACCUCAGCCGCCUACACGUCAGUUCUGCACCAUUCCCAGAAUCCGGAUUUCUCAGACGAGGUGAAAAUUGAGCUACCCACACAACUCCAUGAGAAACACCACAUUUUGUUUUCUUUCUAUCACGUCACGUGUGACAUAAACGCCAAAGCUAAUGCCAAAAAGAAGGAGGCUCUGGAGACAUCAGUUGGCUACGCAUGGCUUCCUCUGAUGAAACACGAUCGGAUAGCUUCUCAAGAGCACAAUAUCCCGGUAGCUAUGAGCCUGCCUCCUAAUUACCUAAGCUUUCAAGAUUCUGCGAGUGGAAAGCAUGGUGGGAGUGACGUGAAAUGGGUUGACGGUGGCAAACCUCUUUUCAAAGUGUCGACAUUCGUUGUGUCCACAGUGAAUACUCAGGAUCCAUAUGUGAAUGCAUUUUUCCAACAGUGCCAAAAGAGAGAGAAAGAUAUGUCUCAAUCACCUACCUCAAAUUUUGUGCGCUCUUGUAAGAACUUACUGAAUGUGGAAAAGAUUCAGGCAAUCAUGAGUUUUCUGCCUAUCAUUCUGAAUCAGCUCUUCAAGGUUUUGGUACAGAAUGAGGAAGAUGAAAUAAGCACAACCGUGACCAGGGUUCUGACUGACAUUGUGGCCAAGUGCCACGAGGAGCAGCUGGACCACUCCGUCCAGUCAUACAUUAAGUUUGUGUUCAAGACCAGGACAUGCAAGGAGAGAACGAUACAUGAGGAGCUGGCUAAAAAUGUGGCUGGUCUUUUGAAAACAAAUGACUCAACAACCGUGAAGCAUGUCCUGAAGCAUUCCUGGUUCUUCUUUGCAAUUAUCCUCAAAUCAAUGGCACAGCACUUGAUUGACACAAAUAAAAUUCAGCUGCCUCGGGCUCAAAGAUUUCCAGAAUCUUACCAAAACGAACUGGACAAUCUUGUCAUGAUCCUGUCUGAUCACGUGAUUUGGAAAUACAAAGACUCCCUUGAAGAAACCAGGAGGGCCAACAGCAGCGUCGCCAGGUUUCUUAAGCGCUGCUUUACGUUUAUGGACCGGGGCUUUGUGUUUAAGAUGGUGAACAAUUACAUCAGCAUGUUCUCCUCCGGGGAUCUCAAGACCUUAAGCCAGUAUAAAUUUGAUUUUCUUCAAGAAGUAUGUCAGCACGAGCACUUUAUCCCUUUGUGUCUCCCCAUAAGAUCAGCAAACAUUCCAGAUCCUCUGACACCUUCAGAAACAACCCAAGAAUUACAUGCAUCAGACAUGCCUGAAUAUUCCGUCACGAAUGAGUUUUGCCGCAAGCACUUCUUAAUUGGGAUUCUGCUCCGAGAAGUCGGUUUUGCUCUGCAGGAAGACCAAGAUAUCAGGCACUUAGCUUUGGCUGUCCUGAAAAACCUAAUGGCUAAGCAUUCAUUUGAUGAUCGAUACAGAGAACCAAGAAAGCAGGCCCAGGUAGCAAGUUUAUACAUGCCCCUCUACGGCAUGCUUCUGGACAACAUGCCAAGGAUUUACCUGAAGGACCUGUUUCCUUUCACUGCCAAUACGUCGAACCAGGGGUCUAGAGAUGACCUCAGCCCCAAUGGAGGACUUCACAGCCAGUCAGCUAUGAAACAUGCAAACUCUGUGGAUACAUCAUUUUCGAAGGAUGUUUUAAAUUCCAUAGCAGCAUUUUCAUCAAUAGCUAUUUCUACAGUAAACCAUGCCGAUUCCAGAGCAUCCUUAGCAAGUCUUGACUCCAACCCAAGUACCAACGAGAAGAGCAGUGAGAAGACUGACAACUGUGAAAAGAUCCCAAGACCCUUGUCUUUGAUAGGCUCAACGCUUCGAUUUGACAAGUUAGAUCAAGCAGAAACCAGGAGUCUUCUUAUGUGCUUUCUUCACAUUAUAAAGAAUAUUUCAGAGGAGACUCUCAUCGCGUACUGGCAAAGAGCACCCAGUCCGGAGUUGUCCGACUUCUUCAGCAUCUUGGAAGUUUGUCUUCAAAGUUUCAGGUACCUAGGAAAACGCAAUAUAAUAAGAAAAAUUGCUGCUGCUUUUAAAUUUGUGCAGUCCACCCAGAACAAUGGAACUCUCAAAGGGUCGAAUCCUUCCUGCCAGAACUCAGGCCUCUUGUCACAAUGGAUGAACACCAAUCCCAGUCACGAAGGGCACAAGCACCACAGAUCGCAAACUUUACCUAUAAUCCGAGGCAAAAACGCACUUUCCAACCCCAAACUCUUACAGAUGCUAGACAGCACCAUGACCAGCAGUUCCAAUGAAAUAGACAUCGUGCACCACGUGGACACAGAGGCCAAUGUAGCUACAGAGGUUUGCCUGACUAUUCUGGACCUGCUGUCUCUCUUCACUCAGAUUCACCAGAGACAACUCCAGCAAUCGGAAUGUCAAAAUUCACUGAUGAAACGCGUCUUCGACACCUACAUGCUCUUUUUCCAAGUCAACCAGUCAGCUGCGGCGCUGAAGCACGUGUUCGCCUCCUUGAGGCUGUUCGUGUGCAAGUUUCCUUCAGCAUUCUUCCAAGGGCCUGCCGACCUGUGUGGGUCGUUCUGCUACGAAGUCCUCAAAUGCUGCAACCACAGGUCACGGUCGACUCAGACAGAAGCGUCAGCACUCCUCUACUUCUUCAUGAGGAAGAAUUUUGAGUUUAACAAGCAGAAGUCAAUUGUCCGAUCCCACUUACAACUCAUCAAGGCUGUCAGUCAGUUGAUAGCCGAUGCUGGGAUCGGAGGCUCUCGGUUUCAGCAUUCCCUUGCAAUCACCAAUAAUUUUGCUAAUGGAGACAAACAAAUGAAAAACAGCAAUUUCCCAGCAGAGGUGAAAGAUCUGACCAAACGUAUAAGGACUGUUUUGAUGGCCACGGCUCAGAUGAAGGAGCAUGAGAAGGACCCCGAGAUGCUGGUGGAUCUCCAGUACAGCCUGGCUAACUCCUAUGCGAGCACCCCCGAGCUGCGGAGGACCUGGCUGGAGAGCAUGGCCAAGAUCCACGCGAGAAAUGGAGACCUGUCCGAGGCCGCCAUGUGCUACAUCCACAUCGCCGCCCUCAUCGCAGAGUACCUGAAAAGAAGGGGUUACUGGAAAGCAGAAAAGAUUUGCACACCGUCCCUGCUCUCGGAGGACGUCCACCCCUGUGAUAGCAACCCAUUACUAACAAGUCCCGGUGGCGGAAGCAUGUUCUCCAUGGGCUGGCCGGCUUUUCUGAGCAUCACCCCAAAUAUUAAAGAAGAAGGAGCAAUGAAAGAAGAUUCGGGAAUGCAAGACACACCAUACAAUGAGAACAUCCUGGUGGAGCAGCUGUACAUGUGUGUGGAGUUUCUCUGGAAGUCCGAGAGAUACGAGCUCAUCGCUGAUGUCAACAAGCCCAUCAUUGCCGUCUUCGAGAAGCAGAGAGACUUCAAGAAAUUAUCCGAUCUUUACUACGACAUCCACCGGUCGUACCUGAAAGUCGCAGAGGUGGUGAACUCGGAGAAGCGGCUCUUUGGUCGGUACUACCGAGUGGCGUUCUACGGGCAGGGUUUUUUCGAGGAAGAAGAAGGGAAAGAGUAUAUUUAUAAAGAGCCGAAGCUGACCGGUCUGUCCGAGAUUUCGCAGAGGCUGCUCAAGCUGUACGCGGACAAGUUCGGAGCAGACAACGUGAAGAUAAUCCAGGACUCCAACAAGGUAAACCCCAAGGAUUUGGACCCCAAAUAUGCCUACAUCCAGGUGACCUAUGUCACGCCAUUCUUCGAGGAAAAGGAAAUAGAGGAGCGGAGGACGGAUUUUGAAAUGCAUCACAACAUCCACCGCUUUGUGUUCGAGACGCCCUUCACGCUGUCGGGCAAGAAGCACGGCGGCGUGGAGGAGCAGUGCAAGCGGAGGACCGUCCUGACAACCAGCCACAUGUUUCCCUACGUGAAGAAGAGAAUCCAAGUCGUAAGCCAGUCGAGCACGGAGCUGAACCCCAUUGAAGUGGCGAUAGACGAGAUGUCCAAGAAGGUCUCCGAGCUGAACCAGCUCUGCACCAUGGAAGAGGUGGACAUGAUCCGGCUGCAGCUCAAGCUCCAAGGCAGCGUCAGCGUGAAGGUUAACGCUGGGCCCAUGGCCUAUGCACGGGCUUUUCUUGAAGAAACCAAUGCAAAGAAAUACCCUGACAACCAAGUAAAGCUUCUGAAGGAGAUCUUCAGGCAAUUUGCAGACGCGUGUGGGCAGGCCCUCGACGUGAAUGAGCGCCUCAUCAAGGAAGACCAGCUGGAAUACCAGGAGGAACUGAGGUCCCAUUAUAAGGACAUGCUCAGCGAACUCUCCGCAAUCAUGAAUGAGCAGCUCUGUUGCAGCCCGUGCUUGUACAACUUCUGUUCCUCUGUGUCUAGUAUUUCCCUCAGUACCAUGAGCAAAAGUGAUUCCGUGCCGGGACGAGCCGUCAAAGCGAGGGGUGGAGCGAACGUGCUCUCGAAUCCUUAGCAAGGGGACCCUGGCUCUGCCCACCGUCUCCGUCUCGCCCAGCGCGGAAGUCUGAGCGGAGGCCCGCGGCGUCGGACACACCUCUUAAGAGAACUUUCUGAACGUGCAGCUAAUCUCGGGGAAGAGAAGCCACAUUUAAUUUAUUUGAAGUUUUUAAUGUUAAUAUUUUUUUUUACCUCGCUAGCUUGAGAAUUUCGCCAGUCUCUGAAUUUGCACAUUUCUGAAGAUUUUUUUUUCUUUGAGCAGUGUUAAACAAGCAUUCAAGCCAAGCUGAAUGAAUAUUCGCCAUGAAAUUUCAAUGAACAUGCAGCUCAAAAGCAAACCUCGGUUUGCUGUCGGUUACAAUACGUUCAACUCCAAGUCCUCGUACACAUAUUUUAAAGGUCAAAAUGAAUGUUUUUGUAACAUUUAAGCGUAUUUCAAAUGUAAAUAGAAGAUUGUAAAAUAUAUGGUUUUUACCAAAUUUAAAAAAAAAACUUUUCAGUUGAUACUUAGGACAGGCUAAAAUUAUAUGAAUAACAUUUCAGAUAUCGUACUAUUAAAAUAUUUGUGUAUGUGUACAAAAGUGUUGAUAAAUACUAAUCUUUAAAGUUUGUGAAGUUCUUUUAUUUGUAAUAUAUGUGCUCUUAAAGGCAAUGGGUUGUGAAAUUACAGAAGUAUUUUGUUGUUAAUAGAAAUAAAAACUACAAUUACUUUGCA